ACACAGCUCCUCCCCACGUGUCUGGCUGUAGGAAGCGCUGGAAUCAGCAACAUGGUAGCAGUGCGCAGAGUCCAUAGAGCCUGACAAACUGAGCCAGCUCACCUGGACUGGAAAAAGGUGAACCCACUUCGACAGAGGAGAGUGAAGUUCGUCCUGUAAAGUUCAGCAUUCGCAUGGUGUGCUGUGAACACCCCAGGAGUUCUUUAUUCACGGUUUGGGAGUUCAUAAGCUUGAGGCAAAGUUUUCUCCUUGUCCCUUCACUAUGGCCAGUGGAGAGGAGGAUGACCCGAUUAUACAAGAGAUUGAUGUGUAUCUUGCCAAAAGCCUUGCAGACAAGCUGUAUUUGUUCCAGUAUCCUGUGCGCCCAGCCACCAUGAACUAUGAUGAUGUAACUCAUUUAUCUGCCAAAAUUAAACCCAAGCAGCAAAAGGUUGAACUUGAGGUGGCCAUUGACACCGUUAGUCCAAACUAUUGUCGCAGUAAAGGGGAGCAAAUUGCUCUCAAUGUGGAUGGCACAUCAAUAGAAGAGUCCAACACUUUUUCCACAAAAAUGAUGGAUAAGCAAACAUUCUCAUCCAUUCAGGCAACUACAAAUACAACUCGCUAUGCUGCUGCAGUGUUUCGUAAAGGGGAGCUUCACCUCACGCCAUUACAGGGCAUUCUUCAAAUGAGGCCCAGCUUUUCAUAUCUGGAUAAGGCUGACAGUAAACACAGAGAGAGAGAGGCAGCCAAUGAAGCUGGAGACUCAUCUCAAGAUGAGGCAGAGGACGAUAUCAAGCAGAUCACUGUGAGAUUCGCCAGACCAGAGUCUGAGCAGGCUCGUCAGCGGCGUAUCCAGUCGUAUGAGUUCCUGCAGAAGAAACAGGCAGAAGAACCCUGGGUCCAUUUACACUAUCAUAGCUUAAAGGAUGGACGUUCUGAGCACGAGCGCCAGUAUCUUUACUGCCAGGCUAUGGAUACCUCAGAGAACACAGAGUUGGUGAAAACCCCGAGUGAAUACCUUGCCAUGCUCAUGCCGCCCCUAGCAGAAGAAAAGAUAGUGAAGCCAGUGGGUCCCAGCAAUGUGCUGUCAAUGGCCCAACUACGUACUCUGCCCCUUGGGGAUCAGGUCAAGACCUUAAUGAAGAAUGUCAAGGUUAUGCCAUUUGCCAACCUCAUGGGACUACUUGCAUCGGGCACGGACUCCACUGCAGUACUGCGCUGCAUACAGCAGGUGGCGCUGCUUGUCCAGGGAAACUGGGUUGUCAAGAGUGACGUUCUGUAUCCCAAGUCCACCUGCAGUCCACAUAGUGGGGUGCCUGCAGAGGUGCUCUGUAGGGGCCGAGACUUUGUGAUGUGGAGGUUCACACAUGAGCGCUCACUAAUGAGAAAAGAAGUGGCUGCCAUCAUAAAGCUGCCUCCUGAGGAUGUGAAGGAGUUCUUGGAGCAGAUGGCUGUUCCCAGAGCUAACAGAGGCUGGGAGUUCCUGUUGCCCACCGACCAUGACUUUGUCAAGAAGCACCCUGAUGUGGCUCAGAGACAGCACAUGCUCUGGAUGGGCAUCCAGAACAAGUUGGAAAAAGUUUUCAACUUCUCAAAGGAGGACUUUCUGCAGAAAAAGGAUACUCAAACAGAGCCACAGUGUAUUAGUGGUGAGCAGCGUCUCAAGGCUGCUCGAGAGAGCGCUCGGGAGCACCAUGCCUCUCUGCAGAAGGACUUGGAUACCCGAAGACUGAAAACAUCUGCUGUGUCUUCUGCCCCCAGUGGAACUGACGCAACCGUGCGAAUAAAAGAAGAGCCUGUGAGUGAUUCUGAAGAGACUGUGGACACAUCCAGUGCUCUCCCAAAUGGUUCACUCAAUGGAUAUCCUUCUGCAGACUCGCCUAACAUGGACCCCUACAAUGAUCAUGGGGCUGGGCAGACCUCUACCCCAGAGCUCCAAGACUUUAUACGGAACACUUUUAGAAAGCACUUUGUGCUGUGUCUCAGUGAGGUCAAACGGCUGUUCAACCUACAUCUCGCCAGCCUGCCUACAGGCCACUGCGUGUUUGGCCAUGUCACAGACCGUAUGCUCCAGGACACGAUCCUCCACAGCCACUGCAAGCAGAUCCUUGUGCCUUUUCCCCCUCAGAGCAAUGCUAGCGCAGACGAACAGAAAGUCUUUGGCUUGUGGGAGAGUGGUGAAACCUUUGACAAGCAUCGGCAGAUUCUGUUUGAAAUCUUCAUGAAGAACUACCGAGUAAGAAGGAAUGUUAUCCAGACCCGACUCACGCAGGAGCUUGGUGAUGCUGUCACCAAAUCUGAUGUAGACAGGCUACUCAAGGAGUGCUGCAUCAGCUUAGGGGGAAUGUGGUACCUGAAAGGCACAGUGCAGUCCUGACAGCAGGAGGAGGAGUCCUAGGCAUCCUGUCAAUCCAAAAAAAAAAGAAAAUCUCCCUCCGAGUUUAGUGAGAGUAAACUCUGCAUGGGGAGAUGGAGCAGACACACAAAUCAAUCACUGCCCUCAGCCGGCAAAGACCAAGUUUGGAGGACAGAGGUCCACCUGCUGCUCCAGGACAUUUGUUUUUGUUUACCUUUCUGGAUACCGCAUAGCCAAAAUCAGAGCUUGUGGAAGCUUGCAGAACACCUCACAAUUCAUAAAAAGGGCUGGAUAUCCACUUGAUCAUAUAGAAGAAUUUAGUGAAAUCAUAGAAUGAGAAAGAUGUAUGUGCAGAAAGAUAAUAUAGAAUUUUUGUUUUCUCAUG